AUGGGUGGCAAUGGCACAGAUGGCACUGGGGGGGAUAAACCCAAAAAACACUCCCCUAGAAGGUGGCGGCUGCAGCAGCAUGCACUGGAGGAUCAGAUAUACAGGAUAUUCCGAAAAAGUCGUGUACUUAACAACCAGAGUAGUAACUGUCUAUUUACAGUGCCUGCCAACCAGGCUUUUGUUUAUGUAGUGCCAGGACCAGAUGAGGACCCCAUCAGUUCUCUGCUGGGACAGCUGCGGUCCAACUGUGUCCUGAGAGAGAAUGAAGGUGGCACGCCUGUGCCCGGGCAAAGGCGUUACCAACAGAUGCACAACUCUAAUAGGCAGCCCUCUUUUCAUGUGGAAAGCAGUUGCCUGUAUUCAGGGGGUCAGUUAGUGGAUUGCACCUUGAAGGAGUUUCUUUGGCAGCAUGUGGAGCUGGUACUGACUAAGAAAGGCUUUGAUGACAGUGUGGGUCGCAAUCCACAGCUCUCACACUUCGAGUUGCCAACCUAUUCCAAAUGGGUGCAUGUUGCAUACAGACUUUAUCAGGUCUUGAUAGAGAACAGUGAAGAUGAAGCAACAGAGCUCUCCCUCAAGGUGCAGGGUCAGCUCAAAGUACUGGAGGGAUUUCUUGAUGCAGAUGCAAAGUUCUCAGAAAACAGGUGUCAGAAAGCCUUGCCCUUGGCUCACAGUGCGUAUCAGUCAAACCUUCCCCAUAAUUACACCACAACAGUGCAUAAGAAUCAGCUGGCACAGGCAUUAAGAGUGUACAGCCAGCAUGCAAGAGUCGCCGCCUUCCAGAGAUAUGUCUUACAGUUUCAUGAGGAUUGCUACAAAUUGGGGAGUAAUGGACAUCAGCUCUGUGAGGAGCGCAGCCUGGCAGAUCAGCACUGCAUGCACAAAUUUCACCUGCUUCCAAAGCCAGGGGAGAAGCCAGAAAUGGACCAACCACCUAUUCUGUACCACAAUAGCAGGGGUUGGUCUACAAGUUCUUGUAACUGUGGCAGGAAGCAGUCCCCCAGAGAAUAUCCAUUUGACAUCCAGGCUGCCAACUUUGACUUCUAUCAGAUUCUUGAGGAGAAAUGCUGCGGUAAGCUGGAGAGGAUACAUUUCCCUGUGUUCCAAGCCAGCACACCUGACCCAGCCCCUGCCAGUGAUGAGGCAGCCAGACCUGGAGAGGUACCUCCAUCAGGGGAAGCUGAUCGUCUGAAGGAGAAAGAGACUAGUACUAACACUCCAGGUGAUGGCACAAGUCUGAGCCUCGCUCUUAGUUUGGGCCAGUCUUCUGACAGCCUUGUAAUAUAUGGUGACGGAGCAGAAGUUCAGGAUUAGAGACCAAGCUUGGUGGACAGACAGCCUUCCACAGUGGAGUAUCUCCCUGGCAUGCUUCAUUCCGGCUGCCCUAAGGGACUGUUGCCUAAGUUCUCAAGUUGAUCUCUUGUUAAACUCGGUCCAGCUAAGGCUUACAACAGCCUCACUGGUUUAGAGCAAGCUGGUUUCCUCCCUGGCUCUUCUUUUCUCCUUCCGUGGGAUGUUGUCAUACGAAGCCGGUCAGAGGAAGAUGUGGGAUCGAUGGAGCCUUUGGAUGGGGGUCCAGCCUCAUGGCCAGCCCCAAAUAAAGCGUCUGCUGGAAAGCGCGGCAGUGCUGGGGGAAUGGGACGAGGCCGCAGAUGGGACAAUGUUGCUUGUGAAUUCGUUGGUUUUGAGUAUGAGGACAGUAGAGGGUGCCGCUUCCUUAGUUCUGGACCUGAUAAAGUAGUGAAAGUGCUUGGGCAAGGUGGGCCAAAGGAACCAGCAACCAGAUGCUUGAAUUCAGACAUGCCUUUGUACAUUCUCUCUUCAGCUCAAGGCCGAGGGAUCAAGCCACACUUUGCUCAGCUGGUUCGUCUUUUUGUUGUGGUCCCUGAUGCUCCUCUUGAGAUUUUCCUUAACCCACAGGUCCAGCAAGGCUCCCCUCCAUGUCCCAUCUUCCAUCCAGAGCAACCCGAGGUUGUGCUGCCCCCUGAUGGACUCUGGGUGCUACGCUUCCCUUAUGCCUACGUGACAGACCGAGGACCCUGCUACCCUCCUAAGGAGAACCAGCCACUGGCAAACUUCAGGGUGCUGAGAGGCAUGCUGCAUGCCAACACAACUAGUUCAACUCCACAGUAG